UGGCUUUAUUGUUAGCAUCAAGGCUGCAGGUUUCUGCUAAGUUUGGAGUUACUCUACAAGACUGCAUGACAGCAAAGCAUAAGUAAUAACCACCGGCAUAUACUCACAAGGAGUCUGCAUGUCUAGACAAUAGACAUGCUCAGCUUUGUGGACACACGGACUGUGUUGCUGCUCGCAGUAACUUCAUACCUAGCAACAUGUCAAUCAUGUCUAUUCCAACAGGGGCCAAGAGGAGACAAAGGCCCACAGGGAGAAAGGGGCCCUCCCGGUAUCCCAGGCAGAGACGGUGAGGAUGGACCUCCAGGAUUACCAGGCCCACCUGGGCCUCCCGGCCUUGGCGGAAACUUUGCUGCUCAAUAUGACCCAUCCAAAGCAGGCGGCGGUGAUUUAGGACCACAAGGAAUAAUGGGACCAAGAGGACCACCCGGACCAUCCGGCUCCCCUGGCCCUCAAGGUUUCCAAGGACUUGCAGGCGAACCUGGUGAACCUGGUCAAACAGGUCCAGUCGGUUCCAGAGGUCCAUCUGGUGCACCUGGAAAACCUGGUGAAGAUGGUCACCCUGGAAAACCUGGCAGACCUGGUGAAAGAGGCCCAGUUGGAGUUCAGGGUGCUCGUGGAUUCCCCGGAACUCCCGGUCUUCCUGGAUUUAAAGGACUUAGAGGCCACAACGGUUUGGACGGACAAAAGGGAGCCCCUGGUGCUGCUGGUGUAAAGGGAGAAAAUGGUGCCAAUGGUGAAAAUGGAUCACCUGGUCAGGCUGGUGCUCGCGGUCUUCCAGGUGAAAGAGGACGUAUUGGACCCUCUGGCCCCUCUGGUGCUCGCGGAAGUGAUGGCAGUGCCGGUCCCACCGGUCCAGCUGGUCCUAUUGGUUCCGCUGGUGCCCCUGGCCUCCCCGGUGCUCCUGGUCCCAAGGGAGAUAUUGGACCCGCUGGUAACUCUGGACCCACAGGUGCUGCAGGUGGAAGAGGUGAACCUGGACCCCCAGGUGUUUCUGGCCCUGCUGGACCACCAGGCAACCCUGGUGCUAACGGCAUUAAUGGUGCUAAAGGUUCUGCUGGUCUCCCCGGAACAGCUGGUGCUCCUGGUCUUCCUGGUCCACGUGGUAUCCCUGGCCCUCCCGGUCCUGCUGGACCUGCUGGUUCCAGAGGACUUUCUGGUGAACCUGGUGUAGCUGGCGGAAAGGGAGACACUGGAGCAAAGGGAGAGCCUGGUACUUCUGGUCCCCAAGGUUCUGCUGGUCCCCCUGGAGAGGAAGGCAAGAGAGGUCCCAAUGGUGAACCUGGAUCAUCUGGCCCUGCUGGCAAUGCUGGAAUUAGAGGUGUUCCUGGAACCCGUGGUCUGCCUGGACCUGAUGGCAGAGCUGGUGGAAUUGGCCCUGCUGGAAACCGUGGUUCUAGUGGUCCUCCUGGUGCAAGAGGUCCCAAUGGUGAUGCUGGUCGCCCUGGAGAGCCUGGUCAUCUUGGAGCCAGAGGUCUUCCUGGUUCCCCUGGUAACACCGGACCCGCUGGCAAAGAAGGUCCUGCUGGUCCCCCAGGUCCCGAGGGACGUAAUGGUCCUGCUGGCCCAGCUGGUAACAGAGGAGAACCUGGCAGCAUUGGAUUCCCUGGACCCAAAGGUCCUAAUGGUGAGCCUGGCAAAAACGGAGAAAAGGGAAGCCAAGGUCCUUCUGGAAACAGGGGAGCUCCCGGACCUGACGGAAAUAAUGGCGCACAGGGUCCCCCAGGUCUUACUGGUGCACAAGGAGAAAAAGGUGAACAAGGUCCCUCAGGUGCCCCAGGAUUCCAGGGUCUUCCAGGCCCAGGCGGUCCUGCUGGAGAACUUGGCAAACCAGGAGAGAGAGGUAGCCCUGGUGACUUUGGUGCUGCUGGCCCUGCUGGUCCAAGAGGUGAACGUGGUGCUCCUGGGGAGAGUGGUUCUGUAGGCCCUGCUGGAGCUCUUGGACCUCGUGGCCCUAGUGGUGCUCCUGGUACUGAUGGAAACAAGGGAGAACCUGGUGCUGCUGGCUUAAAUGGUGGUCUUGGCCCAUCUGGCCCAUCUGGAAUCCCAGGAGAAAGAGGUGGAGCUGGUACUCCUGGAACUAAAGGUGAAAAGGGAGAUGCUGGCAACACUGGAGAUUAUGGUAACCCCGGAAGAGAUGGUGCCCGUGGUCCCGCUGGUGCUGCUGGUGCUCCUGGUCCCGCUGGUGGUCCUGGUGAUAGAGGUGAAUCUGGCCCUUCUGGUCCUCCUGGUACCCCUGGUCAGCGCGGUGCCCCUGGUGAACGUGGUGAGGCUGGCCCUGCUGGUCCUACUGGCUUCGGUGGUCCUCCUGGUGCAGCUGGGCAAGCUGGAGCUAAAGGAGACAGAGGUGCAAAAGGACCCAAAGGAGAACUUGGUCCACAAGGUGCAGUUGGUGCUGUAGGCUCUUCCGGCCCAGCAGGUCCCAACGGCGCAGCUGGUAGCGUGGGUGCUCGUGGUGAUUCUGGUCCAUCUGGUGCAACUGGUUUCCCUGGAGCUGCUGGAAGACCCGGAGCUCCUGGUCCUGCUGGUAUAACUGGACCUGUUGGCCCCACAGGCCAACCUGGUAAAGAUGGACCAAGAGGCCCACGUGGUGACAGUGGUCCAGUCGGUCGUCCUGGUGAACUAGGUGCAGCUGGCCCAGCUGGCUUAUCUGGGGACAAAGGUCCAUCUGGUGAAGCUGGUUCUCCUGGAGCUCCAGGUUCUGCUGGACCUUCUGGAGUAAUUGGUUCACGUGGUAUUGUUGGUCUUCCUGGAACAAGAGGUGAACGUGGUCUGCCUGGUGGUUCUGGAGCAAACGGUGAGCCCGGUUCUUCUGGUCCCGCUGGUUUGUCAGGUCCUCGUGGUCCCCCUGGCCCUGUAGGAAAUCCUGGUCCAGUUGGUGUUCAUGGUGAAGCUGGCCGUGAUGGCAACCCUGGCAAUGAUGGUCCUCCAGGCCGUGAUGGUCUUCCUGGUCUUAAGGGUGAACGUGGUUAUCCUGGUAACAGUGGCCCUGCUGGUCUUGCUGGCGCUCCUGGUCCAGCUGGUGCUGUUGGUCAGGCUGGCAAAUCUGGAAACCGUGGUGAACCUGGUCCUUCUGGUUCUGCUGGAAAUGUUGGUCCUGCUGGAGCCAGAGGUCCAUCUGGUCCACAAGGUGCCCGUGGUGACAAGGGUGAAGCCGGUGAGAAGGGACAAAGAGGUUUGGAUGGUCGCAAAGGACACAACGGUUUACAAGGUCUUCCCGGCCCUGCUGGUCAAUCAGGAGAAACUGGUCUUGCUGGUUCUGUUGGUCCAUCUGGUCCACGGGGUCCAUCUGGUCCCUCUGGUCCACCUGGCAAAGAAGGUCGUGUUGGACAACCUGGUUCCAUUGGUCCCGUUGGUCCUCGCGGUCCAAAUGGUUUCACUGGCCCUGCUGGUCCUCCUGGACCUCCUGGACCACCUGGACAUCCCGGACCUUCUGGCGGUGGAUAUGAGGCCAACUUUGAAGGUGGUGAAUUCUAUAGAGCUGACCAGCCUGCUCGUAGACCCAAGGACUAUGAAGUUGAUUCCACUUUGAAAUCUUUGAACAACCAGAUUGAGACAAUCCUGACCCCUGAAGGCUCAAGAAAGAACCCAGCUCGUACCUGCCGUGACUUAAGACUCAGUCACCCUGAUUGGACCAGUGGAUUCUACUGGGUUGAUCCUAACCAAGGAUGCACAUCAGAUGCCAUCAGAGUUUUCUGUGACUUCUCCACUGGAGAGACAUGCAUCCAUGCCAAUCCUGACGGCAUUCCACGCAAGAAUUGGUACACCAGGACCACUAAGGACAAGAAGCACGUAUGGUUUGGUGAAACCAUUAACGGUGGCACCCAAAUCGAAUACAACGAAGAAGGAGUUACAUCCAAGGACAUGGCCACUCAGUUUGCCUUCAUGCGUCUGCUGGCUAACCAUGCAUCUCAGAACAUUACUUACCACUGCAAGAACAGCAUUGCCUACAUGGACGGAGAAACCGGAAACCUCAAGAAGGCCAUCCUUCUGCAGGGAUCCAAUGAUGUUGAACUACGGGCAGAAGGCAACAGUAGAUUUACAUUCACCGUCCUUGAAGAUGGCUGCACGAGACACACAGGUACAUGGGGAAGAACAGUCAUUGAAUACAGAACAAACAAACCAUCACGUUUGCCCAUCCUGGACAUUGCCAUUUCGGACAUUGGUGGCCCUGACCAAGAGUUCGGUGCGGACUUUGGCCCAGUCUGUUUCAAAUGAAAAACAACAAAACAAUAAAACUAACUUAAGAACUAUCCUCUCUUUGCCCUUUCUUUGUUUUUUAUACCGAAAGCUGACCUCUUCCAUUUUUCCACUUAUCUUCAUGCUUAAAACCAGGGGCAAAUGAGACGGAAAAGAGCAUUGUGCAAUGCAAUUAAAUACAUGCCUAAGAGGACAAUGAAAUCUUUUACGAUUUAAACAUCAUGUUGUGGAAAAAUGUCAGCUUUUGCAAAAAAAAAAAAAUUUUAAAAAGCCCAAAUAAAAAACAUGAAAGUUUGCACCAUUUGUGGCCUGAAUAUCUUCUACGGAGGAAGUUUAAAACCACAACUUCCGCAGGUUUUAACUACCUCAUACACUUAAAAAGUGUCUUCACAUCUCCAGCAAGCAUGUAACCAUGGUGUUCAAAAAUAAAAUCAUUAUACAAAGGUGCUAAUUGAGGUACUAAUGGUGCUAAUAAAGGAUUAAAAUCCAA